AUGUCAAUUUUAAAUUUUUUUUUGGUUGUAUUGUUUUUUCUAAAAGUUAAAAACGCAUAUGGAGAUCUGACUUUUGAGGAUACAAAGAUAACUAACUUAGAAUUUCCUAGUAAUAAUAAAAUAGUUUAUACAAGCGUAAAUUUUAAAGGUAAGAUUUAUGCAUUUAAAAUAGAAUCUGACGAAAAAUGUACAAUUAAAGUGCAUAAAACAACAGAUGGUACUGAGUGGGAAAGUAGUGAGGAAAUAAAAAAGAAUGAGAUUAAUAAAAAGCCAACUAUAUUUUCAAUUUUUGUGACAAAAGAUAAACUAAUAGUAAUUUUUAGAUGUACAAAAUAUUAUAUUGCAAUAGCAGAAGAAGAUUUAACAUGGUCUUUGAAAGAAAUAGGAAAUAGUGGAUUUAAUGAAAAUGAUGUUCCAGCAUUUUAUUCAGGUCCUUUGGUACAUAUAAGAAGUGAACGUGAGAAAUUUAUUAUGAUGUGUAUUAAAAAAACAGAAACUGAUACUCAUGCACAAGCCGAAGUAAAUAUAUUGGGUACUCCAUCAAAUUUAUUAGGUAGAUGUAAAAUUUCUUAUGAUGAAGGAGUAAAUUGGGAAGAUACAAUGAAUAUUUAUAAUAGCCAGAAACUUUUAAAUAAUGAAGAAUUAAGGUUAACUAUAAUUGGAGGUAACAUUUUUGUGAAGGUUCGUAACCAAACAGAGGAAGAAUUUUCAUGCAGUUUUAUGCACAAAAAUGAUAUCUAUUGUACUUCCUUUAAACCAAAACUAGCUAAUGAUUAUACUUUACAAAAUUAUGAAGAAAUAAAUAAUUACUACUUUUCUAUAGCUAAAAAGAGUGAGGAACUAUAUCCAUGUGCCAUUUAUAAUAGUAAUGAAACUUUUCAACCCGACACUAACCGUAAAUUUAAUGAUAGUCAUUAUGAGUUUGUUUUAGCUAACGAAACAAAAGUAUUUUUAUUUUAUCGUAAAGAUGAUAAUAAGGUACAUGUAAUAAAAAUAAAUAUUCCCGAGAGAAAAAGAGGUUGUGAAUUAACGACCGAUAACGCAUCAAAUAAAGCAUAUACAUAUGGAUUCGCAGAUAUCGACAGCAAAAAAACCUGUGUGGUACCUACAUCAGAAAUUGAGACCACAAAAGAUGGUUUAUAUAAGGUUUUUUAUUUUAAACACCCACAGAAAGUAACAGUGAAUGAAGAUUGUUUUUCACAUGUCUUUGAUGCUGCAGACUCUAAUAAAAAAAAAACCACCUUAAUAAAAAAAAAGAUUGUAAAAAAUGAAGAAAAUUUAACAGAGAUUGAAUUUUUCUUCCCAGUAAAUCAUUCUAACUUUGUAUUUAAUCAUAGUCAUGUGUAUUGUACAUUUAGCGAUGAAUCUAGAAUUGAUGUAAAUUUUAAUGAUUUAAGAAAUUUAACAGAUUUAAGUAAAAUUCAAGGUGGGGGUCCUAUUUCAGUUUAUACUGAAGAUAUUUUAGUAUUUAAAACAUCUGCAGACUACCCAAAUAACACAUAUCAAUUACCAAAUGGUUCUUAUUUAUUUUCGUUAUCAUCUGAUUCAAAUGGAUAUGUAAUUUCUAAUGUAAUUCCUUCAGAUUCAACUACAAGCCUUCCUUAUGGAGAAAGUGACACUAAACAAGUAAAAUUUAUACAUGGAGGAAAUGCGUAUACUUAUGAAGGUAUUGAUCUAACUGGUGCAUCACCAAAUUAUAAAGUAGUAGAUACUAAAAUAACAGAAAAUAAAACAAUAGAUGUAAUAGUUACUGAUUUAGGUAUUGAAAAAACGAUUGGUUUAGUAUGCCCAGUAUCUGGUGCUGAAGAUUUUGUGUGUUUCGAUAAGGUAUAUAAUAAUAAUGACAAGUUGGUUAGAAUAGAAGAUGUAUUCAAUAGUGAAGAUAUUUUUGUAGUCCCUCAUAAAUCAUUAUAUAAUGCCAAUAUUAAAGUUUUAGAAACAAUCUUACAUUUAAACAAACGUAACAUUGAUAAAUUAAAAGAUGAUCAAAGUGAUAUUCAUUUUUAUUGUAAAUGUAAUGUUAAUAACCAUUCUGUAAAAGUGUAUUAUCAUAUAUCUGCACAUCAUAGUAAAGAACACAUACAAAAUGAAUUGACUAGACAAAGAACUCCUGUUGAUCCUAUGAUUGGUACACCUUCAGUAAUUGGAGGUAGUCAAAACGUUCCACCUUCUCAAAGUGGUUCUUCAUCACCUAAUAGACUUGAACCUACUUCUUCUACAAUUAAUUUAUCACCUGGAAAUACACGUGGUGGACAUUCCAGAAGUAGACGAUCUACUGAUGGAUCUGGUGAUCAUGAAGAUAUAGGUGACGAAGAUAUACCUUAUCCUAUGCAUGAUGUCUCAAGUGGUGAUGGAAGUGAUAGCGACGGAACAAAUGAAACAACUAUGUCAUCUCAAGGUUAUGGAGGUGGAAGUAAUAAUAGUAUAUUCAAUUCAUUUAGAUAUAUUUUUAUUAUUAUUAAUACACUUGUAUAUGCAUAUUACUUAAACUAA